UGCAAUGAGAAAAAAGCUUAGCACUGUGUUCAUUGCGUUUCACAUUUGUACAUUGGAUGUGAAAAUAAAUAAUAACAAAAACCGAAUUCAUCCGUUAAAAUUCAUCUAAUAAAGUUAAUUUCUCGCCGAAUAAUGAUUUAUUGGAAGGGUUGCGUCAACAUGUAAUGGCUAUCAGUGAAAUUGGAGAAGUAAAUUCGUUUAUCGAUUUGCCAUGGGACUAUUUUAGUGAAGUUUUCUAAGAGACCUUUGUAGUCAAAUUACCCAACUUGGAUCCGACCAUGUCAGCGUCUCACACUUCCAUAACGAUACCAUACCAACGUUCCAGCUCACCAGAAUUUUCCGACACUCUCAACAAUCAUCUCUUCAUUACGCACGUUAUACCACAGACCUCAACCCGAGCAAUAUCUGCAGAAAAAUCGGAACGUGAUAAAAAUUCCGUACGAUGCAGUCUGGAGGAAAUAUCGAAGGACAUACAAGAAAUUGAAGAUUUCAUCACAGUCACCGAAGAUAUAAUUAAACGUGAAAAAGAACGUGAUAAAGAGUUUUAUGCCCGUGAGCGGCAGCGGCGAUUUGACGAAGUUCAAAAAUAUCGUGAUGGUACGUGCGAUAGAAGCAACAAAGAAAACAAGAGUCCACUUACAUCGCAAAGAAAGUAUUCACUCAAGUCACCAAUCUACAAAAUCAACUCGGCUAGGCAUCGCAAAAGUAAAAGUGGUAGUCCGAAUAAAGCGAAAAGGUCCCGAUUGUAUUUCAAAAACGGAAGGAUUGGAUGCAUGGACUCUGAUGAUUUUUCGGCAAAUAUUCAGAGCACACAUCAGCUCGUCAAAGACAUAAUUCAAUCGGAAAACAACAGUCCAUUGGUAUCACCAGAAAAUGUGAAUAAAAUCCUAACAAAUGGUUCAUCGUCGAUCAUCGGCGAUAAUUGUGAUUAUUGUGCGUUGACAAAAAGUGACCAAAGUUUGAACAAUGGUAGUCUCAGUGAAGAGAUACCUCUAAGUAAAAUGUUUAGCAAAAUUAAUUUAAGCAAAAGUGAUAACUCAGAGAUUGUAAUUGUCGAUUCGCCAAUUGUUGAAGAUGAAAUGAUUGUGGCUGAAUCGCCGAAUAUGUGUUGUGAAGAUGAAGGCAGAAGUUUCGAUUCGAUUGAAGAUAGAAAGGUGCCGACAACGCCCGGCAGUGCAACAUCGAUAAACUCCGAAAUGAAAACGCAAGUAAGAAAUUUGGUUCGCCGAUUUACACUACGAACCAGUAAAAUGCAAAAACGUUUGGAAAUGCCACCCACACCAUCCAGUUCACCAUCACCUCCACCGCAAAAGAAUCCAGACGAUGAAAGACCAACCAUUCAAUUAGUACCAACAGUAUUCGUCGCCGACAACCCAUCAUCAAAAAAUAAGUAUUUCUGCUGUCCAGAAUCGCUAUGCGGUACGUCCGAUCGAUCAGGUGUGCUGGAUCCCCAAGGCUGGUUCUACAUAUCGUGGCUUUGCGUGGUAUCUUGGUCAUUUCUGUAUAAUGCUUGGGUGAUACCAUUACGGUCAUCAUUUCCAUUCCAAACUCCAAAGAACACGAAUUAUUGGCUGGCCGCCGACUUUUGUGCCGACGUAAUUUACCUGUUGGAUGUCAUUUUUAUCAAACAUCGAAUUAUGUAUUUGUACGAAGGAUUCUGGGUCAGAGACAAGAACAUGACCAGACGGAACUACAUGCAAAAGCUUCAGUUUAAGAUGGAUAUACUAUCUCUAGUCCCCUUGGAUUUGCUCUAUAUGAAACUUGGUACUGGUGCCGUUUACCUAAGAUCUCCACGAUUAUUAAAAAUUCAGAGUUUUUGGGAAUUUUUCAAACUAUUGGAUCGUUCUAUACCAUCUCCGCAUAUGGUUCGCGUUGCAAAGACACUGACCUACAUGCUAUAUAUGAUACAUCUAACUGCUUGCACAUACUUUGCGUACAGUGAUUAUCAAGGUCUAGGAACAGAUCGAUGGGUUUUUAGUGGGAGAGGACACCCGUACGUCAGGUGCUUUGCCUUUGCAACAAAAACUGCUACUUCAAUCGGUAAAAACCCGAAGCCCGAUACCGAAGGAGAGCUACUAUUCAUGACAGCAGCGUGGCUUAUGGGAGUCUUUGUGUUCGCAUUGUUAAUCGGACAAAUCCGUGAUAUCAUAGCAACAGCAACGAGAUCUCAGUCCGAGUACAGGCAGCUGGUUGACGAAACAUUGGAGUAUAUGAGAAGGCUUAACUUACCGUCUGAUAUGCAAAGUAGGGUAAAAAUGUGGUUUAAGUUCACAUGGGAACAGCAGAGGACUCUAGAUGAAGGGCUUAUACUGGACUAUCUGCCAGCUAACUUGAAAACAGACAUAGCGAUUUCAGUGCACAUACAAACACUGUCGAAAGUACAACUUUUCGCUGACUGUGAAGAGGCUCUUCUCAGAGAGUUGGUGCUAAAACUUCGUUCGGUGAUUUUUCUACCUGGUGACUACAUAUGCCGGAAAGGCGAAGUGGGCAAGGAGAUGUACAUUGUGAAAACCGGAUCGAUACAAGUGAUGGGCGGGAUUAGAAAUGAUGAGGUUUUGGCUACACUAUCAGAAAGUUCAGUAUUCGGUGAAAUAAGUCUACUAGCUAUUACUGGUCCUGGAGGUAACCGGCGUACUGCCGAUGUCAGAUCAAAAGGAUUUUCGAAUCUAUUUGUUCUGUCCAAAGCCGAUCUUAACGAGGCUAUCGUAUAUUAUCCCAAUGCUCAAGCUGUAUUGAAACGCCGAGCCAAGAGUUUAGUGCGAAGGAAUGCAGCCCGUGAAAAGGAAGAGGCUAAAUUGUUAGCCGCUGAUGUUGUGAUUGGAAAUCCACAAAGACCACCAACUCCGCCGAAACUGCUGCAGGCGGUUAUUCAAGCAUUACCAGAAGAGUCACCAGCUGUACGGUUAUUAACUCAAGGAUCGAAACGAGGACGAAAAAAUCGAACGAUUGUGGAAAGUGAAGAAGUGGUCAGAGGUAAAGGCUCGAAUGAAAUCGUAGUUAUAGAGCACGAGAAGGGUACACUGUCGCGUGAUUUACUUGAAUCAAUUCAAAACGAUAUCGAAAAUAAUCAGCGAAUGGAAAGUAAUUUGACUGAUUCGGAGAAGGCCUUACUAGCACCGAAAACAUGUGACGGGAAAAAGGAAGAUGGUCGUUUUUACGACAGAGACAAUGGUGGCUAUUGCAAAGAUGAUGACUAGGGGUAAUACUAAUAAUAUUCCUACAAUAGUUUAUCCAUUCAUAUCCGAUGGAAGCAAUGAAUUUUCUAUAAUUUAAAGACGGUUUGGAUUAAGAAUUUUUCCUCGAAUAAAUUUACUUUCACGUGUACUAUUAGGCUAAGUAGAUUUUAACUAGAUUUUCCUCUCUGUUAUUUGUUUACAUCGGUGUCAAAAAGUAUUACAAAUAGAAAGUAUCGCACAAAUUGUUUGUUUGUUUGAUUAAACUGACGGAGUUGGAAUUAAAUGGAGCGAUUGGA